AUGGAAAGGAUCCCUCUGCACUGUGCUGCCUCCUGUAAUAAUGUGCAGGUGUGUAAGUUCCUGGUUGAGUCCGUUGAGGCCAUGUUUGCCGUCACCCACAGCGACAUGCAGACGGCUGCCGACAAGUGUGAGGAGAUGGAGGAGGGAUACGCCCAGUGCUCACAGUUCCUCUACGGUGUUCAGGAGAAGAUGGGCAUCAUGAACAGAGGGGUGGUGUAUGGCCUGUGGGACUAUGAGGUGGAGGCUGAGGACGAGCUGUCCUUCAGGGAGGGGGACUGCAUGACCAUUCUGCGCAGGGAGGACCAGGAGGAGACACAGUGGUGGUGGGCCCGCUGUGGGGACAAGGAGGGCUACAUCCCCCGAAACCUGCUGGGGCUGUACCUGAGGAUCAAACCCAGACAGAGAAGCCUGGCUUAAGAAUAUUAUGUGGCCUAUCAAACUGAUACUACACACAAACACACACAUAUACAUUUACACACACACACAGUUCAGCAGAACACUAAGAGUCUCAGUACAGCGAAUCUUUGCUGAAUGAUGGAACAGUUGAUGAAAGUGUGACAUAAAUAGGUGUGUCUGUGGACAGAGAACAGCCUGAACUGCACUUUAUUCACUGGACUUGAGCCAUUCAGCAGACUGAUCAAAAGAGUUUCUUUUGCUGACAUUCAUUGAGAAGAUAAAAAACCUUGUUUUUUCUUUGUAAAAUUUGGAGAGAGUGGGAGAUAAUUUGUGAAACAUAACAAUGAUGAUUAUGAUAAUGACUGCGUUUAAGAUUGUAAAAUGAACACUGUUUUCUUUGUUGUUUGUGUAAAACUUUAUUUGUAAAUGUACCCAAACAGUCAUACUGCUGGAUAGUCUGUCACAUGCAGCAUCUCUAUGAUAAUUUUUUUCUCUAUUUGAAAAUGAAUGUCAUUUUUAAGGCCCUCAUGUAGUUUGUGUCUGAAGACAUUUGUGUAGUUUAUUUAUAUUUCUGUGUAAUUAAUUUACAUUGUUCCUCAGACUAUCUAAUAGAGAGCGAGUAGAGAGAAUGUUGAUUUUGCAAAAGAGCUUAUAAAAAUGACUGCCAACACAUUCUUUGCUGCAUACAAGGACAAAAAAAACAUACAAUCAGUCUUUCAUAAUAAAACGGAAAUGAUGACAGCUUGUAUGAGAGAUGUAUUUUCUCCAUGGUCAUGUCUGAAGAGAAAACAUGUCUGACAUCACUCUGAAGAUGAUCUGUGAGAAGCCACAGAGCACAGGAGCAGCUUUCCAUCUAAACGUGAAAUGAAACACAUUUCAUUCCAA